UGUUUCACUUCGAUAAAAUCCCUCUCUACGGGGUGUUGAUCCUUGGAUGUGGAGGAGGGACAAUCACUGUCAUUUGUGUAAAGCUGUUCAUGAUUCCUUAUCUGCGCCGGCGUAUUCUCGCCGGAGACGAUGCCGGUCCUGGUUUAGGCGACAAGAUGUAUGCAGCUCUAAAAUGCCACCGAGUAGAAAUGCUCUGCCAACGACUGCGGAGAGAUCGAAAGGCAAAGAAAACACUUGAUAAAGAGGAGAACGGGAGUCAGAGAAAGCCAACGGAAAUAAGCAUCGUGGUGGAGGAAGCUAGUCCUGAUCUGAAUUCAAGUCGCAACGGGAGAAACGGGAAAACAGGUGUGGAUGACAGACAUGAAUCUGUCACAAGUGUCUCCGGUAGACAAAACUCCUUCCGACUUGUGCCGACAAAAUUUGAGGUAACUAGCACAAAGCCAGCGGAACCCCCUGCAGAACCUGUCCAUUACUUGGCCGUGAGAGCGUAUCCCACUGAGCACGACUUGUCAGUCACAAGACGUGGAAUGUUGACACAACCUGUACUACCCCCGAUUGGAGAGGAAGAACCGCAGGAACUGGAAAUAAUCAGCGAUCGUCCACACGAAUACAAGGUGUUUUCGCAAUUACAAAUCCUCACAGCUGUGUUCGAUUCGUUUGCGCACGGAGGCAAUGACGUCAGUAAUGCCAUCGGUCCCGUGAUGGGUUUGUGGAUUGUUGGAGUCACACAAGAAGUGAACUCCAAGAUGGCUAACCCAUACUGGAUCCUCAUUUACGGCGGUGUUGGCAUUGCAAUCGGUCUGUGGGUUUGGGGUAGACGGGUGAUCAAAACUCUCGGGGAAGACCUCACCAUAAUAACUCCAUCAAGUGGAGUUUGCAUAGAGCUCGGGUCGGCAAUGACUGUGCUGUUUGCCAGCAAGCUUGGAUUGCCGAUUUCCACCACUCAUUGUCAAGUUGGAUCUGUUGUUGCCGUCGGUCGGUUUCGUUCACGUGACAACGUCGAUUGGCGAAUCUUUCGAAACGUGAUCAUUGCCUGGGUCGUCACUGUCCCGGCGGCAUGUGGAAUUUCCGCGCUAUUGAUGUACCUUCUAUCAUUUGCUAUAU